UCAAGGCAGCUGUUCCAGCUGGGAAGAGCGGACCGAUGGCCUUAGAGGAUGUGCUCAACUCUAGUUUGCUUUACAUCGCCAAUCUAUCCAGCCGCUUUCUCAACAUCUCAGCCUGACGUAUCCAGGGCCAGAGAUCACGUGUUAGAGAUCAGCGGUUCGCCGGUGUAGCCAUGACUUCGGAAGUGUCCUUAAUCAGUCAAGUAGUUGCGAUCUCCCUCACCAUCGCUUUGUUUGUGGCCAUCUGGGCCAUCUUGCGCUCCCGUGGGCUGCGCGUGGUCCUGAGCGCCUCGCUCUUCGUGGCCUUCCUGGUGGCCACGCAGCUGUCGGUGAAGGUGGUGGAGUCGAAACCCUUCAACUUCAAGUUCCCAGGGCUGUUGACCACCUUGCACUUCUCCUGUGUGGUGGUGGCGGUUGCUGCGUAUUGGACGUGGAAGGGUGAGCCUCGGAAGAUUUUUCCCUGGUCCAUCCCGCUACUUCGAUGGGUCAAGACCGUUGUUCCAGUGGCAAUUAGUCAACCGAUCUCGGUGGUCUUCAACAACAAAGCCAUGGUCUAUGCGGGAGCUGGUGUUUGUGCCGUCAUUGGGACACUGUCCCCAGUUUGCACUGCUGUGAUUUCGAGCUGCUGUGGCAGGCGCCUUACUGUGCUCUCCUGGGGAGGUGUGAUCAUCGCCUUCCUGGGAGCCCUGGUGAUCUCCUGGGGUGAAGUCUCCUCCGUGGAAGGAGAAUCCAAGAACAAAUCACAAAUCAUCCAGGGGCUGAUUUAUGCUUUUGCCUCAUUAUCUGGGCGCUGCGCAAAGAUUGUGAUCCUGGACUACAUGAUGGCGCCCCUGGCCUAUGCCCGGAACACCGAGCCGGUGGACGAGGAGCCGCUCUCGGUGAUCCACGUCUUGGGCCUGACUUACCCUUGGGGUGCAGUGCUUUCUUUGGCUUAUGCCCUGACCUUGGGUGGAGAAAGCCCUCAGGAAGCCUGGAAUCAACUCACGCCAGAACUUGGUGGUUACAUUGCAUUGUCAUGUUCCUUUGCCUUGGCCCUGAACUUCUUGGGAACCUUUGCUUUACAUGAGUUGGGCGCCAGUGCUCAGCAGAUCGUGGGUAAGCUGAAUACCAUCUGCUUGGCCUCCAUCUCGGUGGCCUUCCUUGGGGAGCAUCUUCCCGUGGUGGUGGUCGUGGGAAGUGCACUGGUUCUUGGUGGGGUGGCCAUCUUUGAACGAGGGCAGCAUGACGUGGGCCACGAGGACGACUCCGACACGGAGAGCGACCUUGAAGAAAGCCUUGAACCGAUCAAGCCUUUGCGGUAGAGGCCAGCGGCCAUCCUGGCGCUGCGAGACCAAAGACUGUCUCAAUGGCGUGAGUCGCUGAGAGGCCCGGGAGGCCGACAGGGUGAAGUGCUUGGUGAUCUGGAAGGCAGCACCUGUGCAAAGCACCGGCUUGGCCGUCUUUCUAGAUCCGAGUCCGAAGCUCAAAGUGGCUUCAAUAGUUGGUUUGACCGUUUCAUGCGAAAAGUUGAGUCCUUAGAGACCAACUGCAGCAGUUGGUCGACUCCUCGAUACAUUUCAGUCAUGUAAAAGGUCUUAGACACGAAGCUGCCGACCACUUUACCACAGC